UAUUAAAACGCUGACGAAAAUAUGUCAUAAAUUGAAAGUUCCCCAUAUGUUUGUGAAAUUCAAAUGAGACGAUUUGAGUCAAAAUUUUGCGUUUAUUAUGAUUUUACUCGACUGGAUACGUGCAUUAAUCAAACGUCUUUCAGAGCAACCUACAUUUAUCACUUCACCGUUUCGAAGUCGAAAACGGGCUGGAAGUGAAACCUUCGCGAGUCCACCUAAAAGGACGCGUUGUCCAGUGAUAGCACCGGGUCUCCCAAGGCAACGUUUGGACGGGUUGGAAAUUAUUGUACAUUGUGAAUGCGAAGAAAACGAUAGUACUACAAUUUCAGACGAAGUUUCCGAGGAAUCUACAUGCCUUAAACGGGAAUCUAAAGUGCAACCGUCUUGUUUAGAAUCUGCUUGUCAAACAUCUACUUGUGACUUCUCUAUGAGCACUCCUUGUUCCAAAGAGCCAAAUAUGACAACUAAUGGUGCUUGCCCAAUAGCAGAUACAACUUGUAACACUUCUGAAGGUUACGUUACGUCUUCUCCCAACUUAAACACGACCCUUUCACAGGCAAUAACCCAACAAGCGUGGCUCAAAUAUUCACAGAAAUCUUACAAUUUUGCAAAUGCAGAAGAACAAUGUGCGGCUUUAGAAGCGGCUCGGGAAAUAUGGACUCAUAUGACUUCGCAACAAAAAAUGCCUUAUUAUUGGGAAGCAGUUGAGCAUGGCGCACUGUCUUUGAGUCCUUUUGAUAAUUUCUUAAAUUUUUAUCAAAUGCGACGUAGCAUUACUAGUCCUAGGGCUCGGGCCAAAAUUGAAAAAACCUGGAAGGGAAUGUCCUUUGAAGAAAAAUUGCCGUUUAUAGUAGAAAGCUUCAUUUAUAAAUUAAUAGACGAAGGAAACGAAUUGGAUCAGGCCAGCGUUAAAAGUUUUUUUGAUCGUUAUCGACGCCAGAGUAAACGAGUGUGUGCAUGUGUUCGUGAAUGAAUUGAUUACAAGCAUAAGCGAAUUUUUGAAUAAUGUACUAUUGAAAGUGGCAUUUUUUUGAUUCGGUGGCAGUGUGGCGAAAAUUGAGUAUGUAUAUACAGUGAGUGUCAGCUUAUUUGAUGCAAGCCAAAAAUUAAAUUUCAAACAAAAUUUACUGGAAAACCAUAUAAGAUAUCAAAAAGAUAAGCAUACCACUAAAAAGAGCGUGAAUUUCCCUUUAGAACCAUUUUUAAUAUAUUUCAAAUUUUG